CCGGCGCGGUCUGCGGUCCGCAGGGCUGCCGGCUUAGGCUUAGGACCGGCCCGCUGGCAAGGUCGAGCCGCUGCAUUUUAUUUCGUGCGUGGUUUCUGCACAGGCUGGAGUUCCGAGGUUGGGUCGUACUUGGGACCUCGGCGAAGAGGACCCGUUAAUUUUUUUUCUUUCCAAAAUGGCAGCCUCCAGUCGCGCACAAGUGUUAGAUCUGUACCGGGCGAUGCUGAGAGAGAGCAAGCGUUUCAGCUCCUACAAUUACAGAACAUAUGCUGUCAGGAGGAUAAGAGAUGCCUUCAGAGAAAAUAAAAAUGUGAAGGAUCCUGUAGAAAUUCAAACCCUAGUGAAUAAAGCCAAGAGAGACCUUGAAGUAAUUCGUCGACAGAUGACCCGCUGCUCUUGCCUCUUCGCUUUCUCUUGCACCGCAACACUUAGCAGUUAUUAUCCGUGCCACGGACCUUCAGGAUACCUCUGUGCAAGGGCAGACCGAAGACCGAGCAAUGGCAUGGAAAACAGGACACCUCAGAUGGACCGCGGGGCUGUCCUUGGUGACAGAGUACUGCUCUUUAACACGUGCUGUAGUAAUGACAUGAUCGCCUUCUGUCCGGGGCCUUCACUUCGAAACAGAGCACUAAGGUCCACGUUGGCCAACUGUAUUCAACUGACAAGCUGAUCAUUGAGAAUCGAGACAUGCCCAGGACCUAGCAAGCCGGGGACCAGCCACCAGCGGCGGCCAGGGACCACCUUCAGCAUCCACUCUCUGUUUGAGAUGGGGGCUCCCAAAACCAGCUUACAAUAGCCUUUUGCGCUGCCUGCCCUGUGGGAGCUGAUAAACCAAGUCACGUUUGCGUUCUGUUGCAGCCUUAGUGAAAAAGGAUGGCUGUGUCUCCUUGGUUCACGUGUUAGAAUGGAGAGCUGGAGUUUGUUCAGAAUAGUGCUGUGUGUUACCACGUCUCCCCUCCACCCCACUCCUAUCUUGUAGCUCAUGGCCAUUGUGUAUAGCAUUUCUACAUGUUGUUUCUUGGUCCUUGACAAUAAAAAGAAUUAUCUCCCUGAGCCUUUCACACCAGAUAAACCCCUGCCGAUUAAUGCAUUUUCAUUUUCUACUGACAGAAGGCCUGGAGAGGGCUGUUGGGGGCCCUCAGGGGAGGGUUUGACCCGAGAAAAGAAGUGCCUUGGUGAAGGCAAGUCCAAGCCCCGCUUGAGACUGGGGGCAGUGUGGAGUAGGGCAGGGCUGCGAGGGUACACAGUGCACCCUGUAACUUACACCUGAACCCAGUACAACAACGGUGACGGGUGUGUAGGUACACGCCCAGAGAUGGCGCACUGCAGAUCAGCAACCUUAGCCCCACCUGGGAGCUUGCUGGAAAUGCAGGCUCCAGCCCCUCCCAACACCUGGUAAAUGAGAGCCCCCAGCCUGAUCCAAGCCCAGGACAACCACCAUACCCUGAAGCCGGGAACGUGCUGCGCAGCACUGGUGCCCACAUCUGGCUGGUAGACAGAAGCACCUGGAGAGUUGGAGCGCUUUUUUAAAAGACAUCUCAGCACUUCGCUCUCUGCAGAUUCUGACUCAGUAAGUGAGAGGUGAGGCACAUUUUCCUCUCUUUCUAAAGCUCUGCCAGUGUUUUUCAUGUUUAACCAGUUGGGGACCCCUGCUCUUUAAGCAUAUUACAGGUAAUAAAGAUAUUGUUUGUAUGCUUUUA